UAAAACUUUGUCAAGUGAACAACACACUGAACAACAACAACAAGAACAAACUGAGAAAGUAGAUUGUGAAUUAUAAAACAUACUAACAUUCUGAAUAAAGCUUGGUCUGGAUUAGACUCCAGAAUCAUAAGGAAACAUGAUGGUGACACUAUUCCUUGGAUUGUUACUGUUACAAGUUAUGACGGAUAUCACAAACGCGGAUGUUCUGCCAUAUAAGGAGCAGGUUGUCAGAGCGCAGUGCAAAUCGAAAUGUUUGCAAAAAUAUGGAAAGAUCAAACUACCGGAAUCUGAGUACAUCUAUGACGAUCUUGUUCCAUAUAUAUGCGACGAAUCUGGAAUACAUGGAAAUUGCCUCCAAUGUCAGCAUGCCUGUGACUUUCACACUAUUGACGAUAUCCCAGGAUGUGAGGGAGACUGCUAUUAUAAAGGAUAUGGAACCGAGUGUGACAGAGGCUGUAGGAUGCUUGGACGUCUGUGGGGCCAUGUACAGGAGACAGAGACAAAAACCCUCGCUGUAUCGACGUCAACUCCAAGGAUCGACACUCCUGAAGUACUUUGUCAGUAUGCAGGAUUGGACUCCACUAAUAAUGACACGACAGCAAAUGUCUAUGUACGUCUACAUACAUUCAGGAAAAUCGAUGAACCUCUCCCAUUUAUGUUUGUCGUGGAAAUGGCUGCUGGCUCCGAUGAUUGGGUGCUGCUUGGGGGAACCAAUCACAGCGUGGUUCAUAUUGAUUCAUUAAUUCCAGACACUGACUAUAGAUUCCAAGUGACGAGUGUUCUGCCAGAUGGAGUUGUAAGAAAACCAGUUGUCUCGGGAACUUUCCGUACUUCAGCUGUAGGCGCUGAGAUUAACUCUCCCAAGAGUGUGGACUUGAUUAGACAGACACCAGCGAAAGACUCGAAGGUGAAGGCGCUUAUUAAGUGGGGCUACUCACCAGAGAACACAUGCCAGUACCAAGUAUUCUGGUUUAGUGAUAAUGCAUAUGACCAGAGCUCUAAAUUCCCAUUCUUGCCCAGCAACAAAUACAUGCUUGAGAAUCUAGAGUUUGGAACAGAAUACACAGUUAAGGUAUAUGCCUAUAAUGGGGACUUCACAUACGAGACGGAACCAACUGAAAUGAAAUUCGAAACUCUUAGUUGUCUUGAAACAACAGGCUUUGACUUCUCUACAUGUCCACCUGACCGUAUUGAAAAUCUUGAAUACACUAUAUCCAAUGUUACAAAUUAUAUUAAUGACACUGAAGAGGCCGAAAUUGAGAUAAUUGUUAACAUGACUUGGAGUGGACCCAAUUUAUAUGGAAACAACCCAGAUGUUAUCCAACAUUACAAGAUCACAUGGCAGAAACUUCCAGACUUGAACAACAUUUUUGACUCUUCUCCGCAUGAAGGUGAGCUGAUCAUCCCAGUGAACGGGACAUCUUGUAUAAUAGAUGGACUAAGUGGACUGGCAAAAUAUGAAGUUGCACUCUAUGCAAUAUCUGCAGGAGGUGAAAGUAAGCCAGUAAAAUUUCAAGUGAAUGCUUAUGUGAAUACAACUAAAGAUGAAGAUGAGAUUGUUAACAUAGUUGAAAAUGGUUCAAAUAGUUUGAUUUAUCUAUCCAUCAUUCCAAUUGUACUUGUCAUACUACUUGUUAUCAUUAUUCUGGUUAUAUUACGCAAACGCUUGACAACUCAAAACAAAAAAUGGCACGAUAAUUCUCAAUAUAUUUCCGACAUCGAGGCAAGUGAAGCUCUCAUAGAAAUUGAUGAUUAUGAAAUCAAGUUUUCCAGCCUCUCUUUGGGCCCAAUCUUAGGUCAGGGAGCGUUUGGAAAAGUAGUAAGAGCUGACAUUGACGCACGACCAAAAAUCAUGAAAAAUCUCUCCCUCCCAGUUGUAGCUGUUAAAAUGUUAAAAGAUGGAGCAUCAGGGGAAGAUCGCCAAAAUCUCUUAUCAGAAAUUGAGCUAAUGAAACAGCUUGGACGUCAUAAUAAUGUUGUGAGUAUUGUCGCAAGCUGCACUAUUGGACCAGCAGUAGCUCUUGUGAUGGACUUCUGCCCAUACGGUGAUUUGAAGAAUCAUCUGAAGAAACUGCGAGAAAAACAUGCACCAUUGUUAAACCUUCUACCUGAGGGUGAAAGUGAGAAGUUAUACAGUAGUGGCAUCUACACUGAACGGUCCUAUGGAUCAGCAGACAGCGGUCUGCAUGAGGAAAACACAAGCACGGAGACUGUUACAACAGGUGCCGAUUCGGAGAACUUCAAUGACCUUAUCAGUGUGAAUCAGCUAUUGUCCUAUGCUAGGCAGAUAGCUGUAGGGAUGGAAUAUCUUGCUCAGAAGAAAUUUGUUCAUAGAGAUUUGGCUUGCCGCAAUAUUUUGGUCGCUGAUUACGAUGUUGUGAAAAUCUCUGAUUUUGGUCUGACUCGUGAUAUCUAUGAAAACAGCCUGUACCAUAAGACAACACCUGGGAAGCUACCAUUCAAAUGGAUGGCUGUAGAGUCCAUAUUUGAUCAGAUGUACACUUCAAAGAGUGAUGUGUGGUCAUUUGGUGUCGUACUGUGGGAACUCGUGACCCUAGGUGGCUCCCCAUAUCCUGGUAUAUCUGGCACUGAACUGUUCAAGCUGUUGAAGGAAGGCUACAGGAUGGAGCGACCUGAUAACUGUAGUGAGGAAAUCUACCAGGUAAUGUUGGACUGCUGGCACCCUACAUCUCAGCACAGACCAAGCUUCACAGCCCUGCGCAACCAAUUAGACUCCAUGCUGGAUGACUCCACCAGCUACCUCGACCUCAACAUGGAAUCCAAUGCAGAUUACUAUCGUAGAGAUAGUAGCGCCUCUGACAGCACCACUAGAGGUAAGUAUAGUAAUGGGGAUAGCAUGAUGAGGUCUAGAUCAAUGGAGCACCUCAACAAACCAUCAUACCAGGACAGAGGCUAUGACUAUGAUGAUCUUAGUGUAUGUGAUGAUGAUGACAUUCAGUUGAACAACACAUAUGAUGACGCAGUGCUUGAUUUUCACAUUGAAGCUGAUGCAGUGCAUUAUCAAGCUGGGGGAACCCCUCAAAAACUAUCUCCCUCCCCAAGGCGCUCCCGUUCUCCAAGGCGUUCUCAAGCCUUCACAAAUCCUGACUAUUCCAGUAUACAUGGAAGUGCAUCCUGUCUUACUAUUGAUGAAACCCCAGGAUAUGAGACCCCUAACACCCCUAAAAAUAGUACACCCACAAUAAGCCCUGCCAUUUCUGGUAUGUCCCUACAUGUCCCAAGUAACCCAGCCCCAUCUCGUAGGACCCUCUUCCCCCCACAGCCAUCUGGGAUCCCUGUACCCAUAAUCAAUGUCAUACCUCCAAACAGUCCUCCCCCUACACCUUCUCCACGUCAGAGCCCUAUCAAGUACACAACAGUUGAGCAUUUCACUUCCAAAGGGAAUAUUCAAGGAGAUAUAGACCAAUAUGGUUCAAGGGAGAACUUAAGAGGUAAUCUAGGCCACUAUGGUUCAAGGGAGAACAUUCGAAGCAAUGAAGUACACUAUGGUUCAAGGGAGAACAUUCGAAGCAAUGCGGGCCACUAUGGUUCAAGGGAGAACAUUCGAAGCAAUGCAGCCCCGGCGAAAUGA